UCAUGAAGCCCUUAAAUUUACAGAGACUGAUUGGGGCUGUAAUGAAAUUAAUUGUGAAUUUGCCUUUUUAACUUAUUCUGAGCUCUGAGGAAGACACUCUGCAAUACAGUGCUAAAAUAGGUCAUAGUUUAGUAGCUGUUCCUUUUGGUACAGUAUGCCCUCACAUUAUAGAAUAAGGACUUUACAUUAAAACAACUAACAAAAGCCAAAGGUUUACUUUAGUAAGAAUAAUUGCAAGGAACAGAUUCAAUAGUACAGAAAGUUACUACUGAGCAGAGGUAAAACUAAUUCAAGAGAGGAAAUAGAAAGGGGGAGGGGAAAGGCCACUUCCAACAGCUAAUAAGAAACAGCUGCUGUUGCUUUUGCAAAAGAACACUCAGCCCUGCAUGCACUUGUGGCCUAAAAUAUAAUAUACCCCAGCUUUAUCCUUUCACCAUGAUUAUUGUGUGGGAGAGGCUUAUUUCAUAAAGGAAACUUCUCUCUCUUUUCUGUUUGGCUAUUGUUCUAGUAAAAUCUGUUCCUGGAGCAGAGAAAAGUGUCUAUACCAGAUCCUUCUCACGGUGGGGCCUGGUUCAACAACUGCACCUUCAAAUGGGAGCGUGGUUGUCAGUACGCGCUUCACUUUGAUGUUUGAGGUAUUUGCUGAAAUUAAUACAACCAGUCCUGUUUGCAGAUGGAGUGAAUUAUAUGGAGAGCAUGGCUGGUACUUAAUAUCUAUUCAGUCUGUCUCUGAUCAGCACACUCGUGGAAUCUCCUGUACUCACAGCGUGGACAAAGCCCCUGUAAACAGUUACAUACCUCUGUUGGUCGCUUUUGCUAUCCUUGUUGCUGUGGCUCUGAUGUACUUCCUAGGAUCCUUUGUUUCCAAGCUGCAGUGUACAGAAGAAUACUGCCAUCUGCUUCAGCACAAGUGCUUCUUUCUUGUCUUUCAUCAUGAUAACAGCGCUUCAGAAAGCACAAGGACAGAAGUGGGGAAACCUAAACGUAGACGACUUCUUUCCUUGGACACAUUCAGAGGAUUGUCCCUGACUGUCAUGGUCUUUGUUAACUAUGGUGGUGGGGGCUAUUGGUUCUUUGAACACACUCCAUGGAACGGUCUAACAAUUGCAGAUCUUGUCAUGCCAUGGUUUGUUUUUAUCCUUGGGACUUCAGUGGCUCUGGCUUUUUCUGCCAUGUUAAGAAGAGGAGUGACGCGCGUACAACUCUUGCGUAAAAUGAUGUGGAGGACCGUUGUUUUACUGGCGAUUGGGGUCUUUUUCCUCAACUACGGUCCUGCAGAUGGCCCAUUAUCAUGGAGCUGGGCAAGAAUCCCAGGUGUUUUACAACGUCUAGGCUUUACCUACUUCACAGUGGCUUUGAUGCAGACCUGCUUCAGUGUAAAGGAUGUAGAGAAAUAUCAGAAUGGUAACUGGUGGGCUCCAGUCAGAGAAAUUGUUCUCUACUGGCCAGAGUGGAUAAUCAUUGCUGUUCUGGAGACAAUAUGGCUCUGCCUAACAUUUCUACUCUUGGUACCUGGGUGCCCCAGGGGUUACCUUGGUCCUGGAGGGAUAGGAGAUGAUGGAAAAUACCCUAACUGCACAGGCGGAGCAGCAGGUUACAUUGAUAAGUGGUUGCUUGGAGAAGAUCAUAUCUAUCACUACCCUACCUGUAAGGAAUUAUACAAAACUACGCAGCCUUUUGAUCCUGAGGGUGUUUUGGGUACAAUCAACUCAGUUGUGAUGGCUUUCUUUGGUCUACAGGCUGGAAAGAUUACCCUAUUGUACCGUAAACAACCCCUGAGCAUUUUAAAGAGAUUUCUCAUCUGGGCUGUUUUGCUGGGCAUUAUCUCGGCCAUCCUAACCAAGUGUACGCAAAAUGAAGGAUUCAUUCCCGUCAAUAAGAACCUCUGGUCUCUGUCCUUUGUUACUACACUAAGCUGUUUCUCCUUCAUACUCUUAGGACUUAUGUUCUAUGUUAUUGAUGUAAAAAACUGGUGGGAUGGACAGCCCUUCAUAUAUCCAGGGAUGAAUUCAUUCUUUGUCUAUGUUGGGCACUCAAUCCUGGGCAGCUACUUCCCUUUCAACUGGGAAAUGAAGUUCCCGGACUCGCAUGCUGAACCUCUCUUCCAGGACCUGCUGGGCACAUCUCUUUGGGUCUUUGUCGCUUAUUUCCUCUACAGAAAGAAGUUCUUCUUGAAAAUAUAAUUGUAUUAAUAACAGAGCACUGAUUUUCUUUUUUCCCAUGAGACUUCACUGUGAAUGUUGUUUAAUAAGAUGCAUGUUUGUUUAGUAACAGUGAUUCAGGUGAUUUCAUGUAGUAGGGAGAAUAAAGGAUGGUGACAUUAAUCAGGUAUUUUAUUCUGCAUUGAUAAGAACUCAAAUUGACAUAAGGGGCCUUUAACAAAUGCUUGAAACAAAAAUUAACUCUUCAGAAAGUCAGAAAAGGAUAGUCAUUUCAUAGUUCACGUUGGAUGCAUCUACACAUGUGCUUUAGUGUGGAGUAGACUAAUUAGAUCUUCAGUAAAGUAUCACCAUUUACAUGUGUGUUGGUAUUAGGGUGCAGUAAAUUAAUUAACUCUGCUGUAAGAUGAUACUGUCAGGGACAGUACUAUCUUACGACAGAGUAAUUUACUGCACUGAAAUAUACAUGUGGACACUGACCACAGGCAUAAAUUGUGCCCAGUCAGCCCAGCUAACCAAGGGCCUGCUCUGCCCUGGCUCAAAUUGCUGCUGCCUCGGGUGUAUAUGUAGACGCUGCACCUGGGAGAAGUUUCCUUUGGCUCAAAUGGCUCCAGAGAUUAUCACAUUACAUUAAUUGCACAUGUAGAUAUAUCCACUAUGGAGAAAAAACUGAGAUUAACAUUUUCAACACAGACUAUGGGAUUUACAGCACCACCUUUAAUAAUGGAUGAUGCAUGUCCCAAACCUCUCAACUGCUUUGAAAAUCCAGAGUAUUUAAAAAAAAAAAAAGUAUGCGUGUGUGGGGGGUGGGGAGCACAUAGGAACUUAUAUCAGUCUUGUUUUACCAAUAUUGGUUUGUAAGCUAUUUGGCAAACAUGGGCUAAAAUUUGAGGGAAUUUGAACCAAAAAAGUGGAGUUUUGUACUUCUGCAUGCUUCAGAUUUUUUGAGACUGGAUGCAUUAACUUCUCUGUCUUGGUUUCUCCAUCUACAAAAGGAGAAUAUUACAACACUUAUUGUGCCUCACAGGAGCAUUCUGAGGCAUUUUUCACACAAUACUUGCAAAAUGUUUUGCAAUACAUCAAAGGAAGGAGCUAUAAAAUGGAAAAGUACUUAUUACAUAGUUCAUUAUUUAAAACGGGUUCUAUAAUGAUUUUCCAUCUAAUUCAACAUUAAGUUUUUUUCCAAAAUGAUCUCCUCUUUGGGACUAUUGGCAUAUGAAUGGCUUUUCAGUUGUUCAGUUCCUGUGAUUUUUCCUGAGAUGUAAGUAGUUGAGAGAGGGACAUUUGCUGCUUUGAAUCUUGUUCAGACUAAUCAAUCAGGACAGAAAGUGAAGGCAGUUAUUAAAAUUCAAAUGGCAUUUCCACUUCCUGCAAAAAUGUUUUUUAUUAUUAUGGCUAACUGUGUCAGCAGUCAGACUAGACAUGGACUUGCUGCCAAUUAAUAUAAAAAUUCCUUUGCUGGUGUGGAGGAUGGUCAGGAGGAAACUGUUUUACUACUUUGUUCGAUAUUUCUUUCUCCAGCCCUCACCUUAACUGAGGUAUUGGAUCUUUGAGUCAGUAUGACUGGGAUUUAAUCAUUAUUUCACUGUGAUCUAUCAUAUUUCAUUAAAGAUCGAAGCACAAUCAGUUGAAUUUGGUGCAAAUAUUAAACUGUGAAGUAGGAUUAUGCAUUUUAGUAACACAUUGGCAUGGAUAUAGUGAGACUGGAAAGAUCAGGGAAAGUUUACUUGGUCAGAGAGGCUACUUUCAUGGGUGAGCAAUAGAACUAGCAGCAAUUUUGUUGCUGUGAGUGAUGGAAUUUUAGAAGUGAAGGAACAUCUUUGUAUUAUAACAUCCAUUCUCCUGCACCAGCAAAGCAUAUCGAAUCAAUCCAUGUCCUUUGCUGUAGUUUUUAGAGGAUUUUGUCUGUAAUCAUUUAAAAUCUUUUGGGACCAGAACAUUUUUUUAAGGUAGUGCCCUGCUGAUCUGUACCGUUUUGAGUUGUCUUGUCCCACUAUAGAAAUGAAUGGCUGUAGCUCUGCUAUGACUGUAAUGCAGAGGUAGCCACCCAUGGUUUGUUGUAUGUGGUUCCUGGGCAUUUUAGAAGCAUAUCCUGAAGAAAGAGAAGUAGCAUGCAGAUCACUGAUUUGAGGCAUGUGCAUCUCAGACUCGGAAGUUAUCUGCUUAGUGGCUCUCAUAGCUAAAAAUCCUAUAGUGUCUAGCAAGAAACGGCAGACUCAGCAAUGUGGAUACUGGUUUUAAUAGUACCUGCAUGGGGAGACAGUCCAGUUCAAAACAACUCCCUCACUUGUUAUCCAAAAAGGAAUCGCACCAUACUACAUCACAUUGUGAAUAGAUAUCACAUACCAAAAUUGCACCUAAAGAUAAACAUCUUGGAGAAGAACAGCUGCUUCUUAUAAGAACAGCAAACCAUCUGUUUUACCAUGGAGAACAAUUUUGGCUAAAGGUAUCUGUGUGCUAAUCAAAUUGCUUCCUUCCUAGUUUGUGCAGUUUCAGAGCUCUUCUUGGAAGACUGAAUUUGGGUGCAACUUUCCUCCUGUUGCAUAAGAACAGAAUGUUAACAAUGAAUUUUUAAAAGGUCAUUGUAUGGGCUAUGAGUGUAAAUGUGUAGUAGAUGGUAUUCAGAAUGAAAUACAGGCAAGUGCCCUUUUGGUUAAGAUCAAGUUUAACAUCAGUUUAAUAUCUGAUCCAUCCUGCAUUUAUAGAAGGACAUGCUUAAGGAAUUUACGUAUUUUUUAUCUUGGACUUCUGUGGUACUAUAUGAUGGUAAAAACUCAAAACCAAUAUGUAGCAGCCUUUAAAAAAUGGACCCACCUGAACAGAAUGGGAAGGGCUGCCUGGCAGAGAGACAGAGUUUGUCCCAGAGGGGACACUGUAGGCUCUGAAGGCAAGUGAAGCUGUUUUGGAAGCAGCCCUGUUGGAAGUGGGAAGGGUGAUGUAACCCCAGCAAAGUUUUGAAAGAGAGCCCAGAGGGCUGAGGGACAGGCUGGAGACCGGAUUCAGAGUCUCAACGCAGUGGUCCCUCGAAGAGCCCCUGAGAGAGGCCUGCAGGAGCAGCAGUGGAGAAGCUGAGGCGGCAGGAUCAGGCUGGGACUGCUUGUGUGGAGAAUCCAAACCUGGAGAGACCUGACUGCAGCUGGUGUGGCUGGGUGAGCACAGCAGAGCCGGGGGGACAGGACUGCUGGAGUCUGCCCUAGUUUCCCUGAUGGGUGAGGGGCCCCAGGGGCAGGCAAAGCCCAGGGAGGGGCUGCAUUUGCCGGGGCUGUGAGGCUGUGUGGGGCAGGAGGGUUGCUAGAGCCUGCAGCCCAGACACUGCUCCCAGCAGAGCCAGGGAAGGGGGGCAAAGGCAGGGGAAGGCUGUCUUGUAGGAACUGCAGAGGAGUCGCUGCUUGCUGCCCGGAGACCCCAGGAGCACGGAGACGGACACCAGCGCCAGGGAGUGUCCACAGGCCACGUGCAGGAACACAGACAGUCCCGCUCCCUGAGAUACCCCGCUGGGGCAGUGCACACGGGAUCCCCAGUACACCGUGUGCAAGUGAGAGACUGUGCAAAUAAGUUUAUUAGAUUAUUAUUAUUAUUAGAGGGUUUAUUAGUUGGUAUAUCCAUGUGCUUAUUUAAUGAUUAUUUGUUAUGUUGUAAAUAAUUAAAUCUUGCAAAUAGUUUGAGAA